AUGAUUCGGCUAGCAUCAUUACAAUCAACUAGCAAAGCCACUUGUCAACACUACUUGACAAAGUGGCUAAACAAGUCAUCCACUGUCGUUGCUCCUACCUCUCAACUGGGUCAGGUGCAUCAGCAGCAGCAAUCAUACAGUAGCAGCAAUAAAUCAUUGACUCGUUUGACACAGGUCGCUGGGGAUCUCACUACUAGACACAGUGUCAUCAAGAGAUAUUAUCAGUAUGGACCAGGAGGACCUGGUGCUGGAGGUGCUGGAGGACAGAGACCACCACCCGAACAGCCUUGGGUACACCCUGAUGCGAUUCCCCCUGGAGAUGCAUUGAAGAAGUACACCAAAGAUCUAACAGAGAUCGCAAAGAGUGGCAAGCUUGACCCUGUCAUUGGACGUGAUGAAGAGAUCAGAAGGACCAUUCAAGUUCUGAGCAGGAGAACAAAGAACAACCCUGUCUUGAUCGGUGAGCCUGGUGUUGGAAAGACAGCGAUUGUCGAAGGAUUAGCACAGAGAAUCAUCAAUGGAGAUGUACCUGACAGUAUUAAGAACAAGAGAGUACUAUCACUGGACCUUGCCUCAAUUGUAGCCGGUGCCAAGUUUAGAGGAGACUUUGAAGAGAGAAUGAAGUCGAUUCUAAAGGAUGUCGCCCAUUUCAAAGGUGAGGUCAUCCUAUUCAUCGACGAACUGCACACACUGGUUGGCGCAGGUGCUGUCGAAGGUGGCAUGGACGCAUCCAACAUGCUCAAACCUCAACUGGCACGUGGUGAUCUUCAUUGUGUCGGUGCAACGACAACAUCAGAGUACAGAAAGUACAUUGAGAAGGAUCCAGCAUUGGCCAGACGUUUCCAAUCAGUGCUCGUCACUGAGCCAUCCGUGGAGGACUCCAUCAGCAUCAUGCGUGGUCUGAAGGAACGUUACGAAGUACAUCAUGGAGUGCGCAUCACCGAUGGUGCGUUGGUGUCAGCCUGCGUCAAUUCACAGCGCUACAUCACCGACAGAUUCCUUCCAGACAAGGCAAUCGACCUCAUUGAUGAGGCGGCCAGCAGACUCAGAUUGCAACAGGAGAGCAAGCCAGAGAACAUUGAGAAUCUCAACCGAAUGAUCAUUAUUACCAAGAUCGAGAUCGAAGCACUCAAGAAGGAGAAGGACGCAGUGUCAAAGGAGCGUUUGGAGAAGUUGGAGAAUGACCUCAAGGAGAAGGAGACAGAGUGCAACCGUCUCACUGAUGUGUGGCUCAAGGAGAAGAUCGAGCUACAAAAGAGAAAGACCGCCGCAGAGAAGCUGGAGAAUGCUAGGAUCGAGCUACAACAGGCUCAGAGAAAGGGAGACCUUACACGUGCUGGAGAGCUUACCUACGGUAUCAUCCCCGAGCUGGAGAGUCAGCUACCAAAAGAAGGCGAGGAGCUUAAUCUGUCAAUGAUCAGUGAGGCUGUUACUGCCAAGGACGUUGCUUUGGUCAUCUCCAAAGCCACCGGUAUCCCAGUGCACAGUUUGAUGAUGGGCGAGAAGGAGAAGUUGCUACACAUGGAGGAGACCAUUGGCAGCUCAGUUGUUGGACAGAGCGAGGCAGUUACCGCCGUGUCGAACGCAGUGAGAAUCAGUCGAGCAGGCUUGCAUGCACACAACCGACCAUUGGGCUCAUUCCUAUUCCUCGGACCAACUGGUGUUGGCAAGACCCAACUCUGCAGGACCAUGGCAGAGUUUAUGUUUGACAGUCCCAGCUCACUCAUUCGCAUUGACAUGUCAGAGUACAUGGAGAAGUUCUCAGUGUCCCGUCUGAUUGGUGCACCACCCGGUUACGUUGGCUAUGAAGAGGGUGGCACGCUCACAGAGGCCGUGCGCAGACGACCCUACUCACUGGUGCUGUUUGACGAGUUUGAAAAGGCCCAUCGCGAGGUAUCCAACCUACUGCUGCAGAUGCUCGACGACGGUCAUCUCACCGAUAGUCAGGGCAGAAAAGUAGACUUUAGAAACACAAUGGUCAUCCUUACGAGCAAUCUUGGUGCCGACAUCCUGGCCAAUCUGCCAGAGGGCACACCCAGCUCAUCAGCACGCGAAGAGGUGAUGAGUGUUGUGCGCUCCAGGUUCCAGCCCGAGUUCCUCAAUCGUAUCGAUGACAUUAUUCUGUUCAAUCGUCUUUCCCGCAGUGACAUGGAUCACAUCGUGGACAUCCAACUUCAAGAUCUCAGAAAGCUGUUGAGCGAAAGACAGAUCGCAAUCGUCGUUCGACAGAAGGCACUCAACUGGCUUGCCGAUCAAGGGUAUGACCCAGUGUACGGUGCACGUCCAUUGAAGCGUGUGGUUCAGAAGUACCUUCUAAACCCAAUGGCCAAGAUGAUACUCGAGGGCAAGAUACAAGAGAGACAGACCGUCACAAUUGAUGUGGAUGAGAAGACAAGUGAGCUAUUGAUAACAUCAUCAUCAACCAACUAA